CUUUCUUCUACACCGGUUUUUUCUAGCACCUUCAAUCGCGAAAAACGGCCAUACCACCUCUCCGUUUCUUCCAGCUGGGAAAUGUUCAGUGCACCGAGUCCACAUAGUAGACCAUCGACCUUCGGGGUGUCCUGAAAGAAGGGAUUCUAGUGACAACCUUACCUUGUGCCUCGUUGCACCUUUUGUUGACUAGGAAUGUCGUCAUCUAAAUGUUGUGGAGCUGGCUAAUGUCUUUAGAGAACAGUGGAAUAUGUCCUGUCUGUUCAUGUUCCCUGAAGAUCGAGGAUGCACGGCCCAGAGUGAACGAAUCACUGGCAAAUCACACGGUCGGAUCUUUAUCUGUCCAUACGAGCGCGUCCAUGAGAGGCGUUGGGUCGAGCCUAUGCAAACGUCGCUUGUUUCGUCGCAGGCAAUAUCUUCAGGACCGUUGUUGUUCCCGCCUCUUCGUACUUAUUCAAUGCAUCCUUCUAGUUCCUGCUGCAACUCCUUCCUCAACUCGUUGGCAACCUCAACCUACAUUUCAAACGUGUUCGCGAGUCAGCAAGUUACCAGUUAGCCAACGCCUUUUGGCUGGCGCACUGGCCAGUGUCCCUAGCUCUGACCUACUCAUUAAUGAAGAAACACUUGGUCCGGUCUCUGUUUUUCAGGAAUGCGUUACGCUUCCAUUACCGAGUUGAUCAUAAACUAUGAUAAGGAUAUUGAAAGCCUGAUACGUCGGUGACCCGAUUGUAUCGCGGUUUAUCGUGACCUUGACAUCUCUUUGUUGCACCAGGACCGCUACAACAACAAGAAGUGGGCGCUGUGUAUGGAGCACCAUAUACCUUCUGUCAAGUGUUGAAGGACUCGCCGCAAGAAUGUCAAACUCGGGUUCGCCUUCUGAUUAAGUGCAUAAAUUGGCUAUUGGGUGUUUCGAUGGUUGUGGACAUCUCGCGAUAGGUCUGGCAUGGGAGAAGGUACUUGCAACUAUGCUAUAUGAAACGGCGGUACGUUGAUCCCGCCCAUUCUCAGUCAUGAUCUAGCUUCCUUUUGACGAACACUUUCGGUAUACCAGAUUGGCGAAUUGAUAUACACUGAAUAAUUUCCUUUGGACUGUGGUCUCAUCCUGUUAUGCGGCGGGCGGGAUAUAGUGUUCAUCGUCGAGUGCCCCGAACUUAU